GAAUUCAACACCAUUUACCACUGUGACAUGUGCAAUGACAUCAGCAUGGACACCAAUUUGUUUCAGUGUGUGAUCCCUUUGUGCUUCCGGUCUUUCCAUUUCAACUGCUCUCCAUUCCCAUGGUCGGAAAUGAUCAAGUCCAAGUGCCACUUUCGCCCGCUCACGUUUGCCAAAACCUUCCUGGAAGACGAUUCGGGUGAGUACUACUGCAAUGCGAGCGAGACAGAGAGGAAUCCGAAACAUCCUGUGUAUAGGUGUAUGCAGUGUGACUAUAUUGCUCACGUCAGUUGCACCAUAUCUGAGGUACUGCCUUUGAUUUUGGCAGAGUACGAGAUGGAUGCCAAGCUGAGAGAAAACCUUGCAAAUGAUGCUGGACUCCAGAGAAUAGACAUGAAGAUAAGGGGGCUUCGUGACGAGGAAAUGUGCUUAGCCAAGGAAUAAAAGAAAUUCACAGCAAAGCUGAAGCCUGAGGUCUACCCGCCUUCUUGCUCUGCCUCCACUGAGGCUUCUGCUUGAAGGAAGGUUUGUAAAGUUGGUGGUUGUUAUAGACUUAAGAAAGAAGUUCCUGGUUGUUAA